UAAAACUCCCACAAAACCAAGGUGGGAAGAAAGAAGAAAUCUAGAGAAAAUGAAGACUAUUCCUCUGCUUUUGAUGGGUUGCGGUGGAGUUGGGCGGCAGCUCCUACAGCAUAUUGUCUCCUGCCGAUCUCUUCACGCCAAUCUGGGAGUUUACUUGAGAGGUGGGGUAUGUGAUAGUAAGUCGUUGAUUGUUGUGUCGGAUGAGUUGUCAAUGGAGUUGGAUGACGAGUUUCUAUUGGAAGUUUGCCGAGUGAAGUUGAAUGGUUCUUCUCUCUUGACACUCUGUAAUUCUGGUCAGUUUCAAGCACUCACCAAUUCAGGCUCAACAAGGAAAGUUAUAGACAUUGCAGCCGUUCUGGGUAAAUCAUUAGGUCUGGCUUUAGUCGAUUGCUCUGCAAGUUCAGAGACUAUUGGAGUAUUAAAACAAGUGGUUGAUUUGGGCUGUUGCAUUGUCCUGGCAAAUAAAAAGCCUCUUACUUCUACCAUGGAGGAUUAUGACAAACUAGUUUCACACCCGCGUCGAAUUCGGCAUGAGUCAACUGUUGGUGCUGGUCUUCCGGUCAUUGUAUCCAUAAAUCGUGUAAUUUCAUCCGGAGAUGCUGUCCACCGCAUUGUUGGGAGUUUGAGUGGUACAUUGGGGUAUGUAAUGAGUGAGGUAGAAGAUGGAAAGCCAUUGAGCCAAGUUGUUAAAGUUGCUAAAAGCUUGGGGUUUACUGAACCAGAUCCUCGUGAUGACCUUAGUGGAAUGGAUGUUGCAAGAAAGGCUUUGAUCCUUGCUCGACUUCUUGGUUGGCGGAUUAACUUGGAUAGCAUUAAGAUUGAGAGCUUGUUCCCUAAAGAAAUGGGACCCAAGGCAAUGUCUGUUGAAGACUUCCUGGACUCUGGCCUGUUAUUGCUUGAUAAGGAUAUCCAAGAAAGAGUUACAAAGGCUUCUUUCAAUGGAAAUGUGCUACGCUAUGUCUGUGUAAUUGAGGGAUCAAGGUGUGAAGUAGGCAUUCAAGAGCUUCCUAAGGACUCUCCCUUGGGAAGGCUGAGAGGAAGCGACAAUGUGUUAGAGAUAUACAGCCGAUGUUAUAAUGAACAGCCACUGGUUAUUCAAGGUGCUGGUGCUGGCAAUGAUACCACGGCAGCUGGAGUCCUUGCUGAUAUCCUUGACAUCCUGGAUUUGUUUCCUGAAUAAGUUAUUUGUCUUGCAUAGAAGAAACUCAGGACUCAGAGAUGCCAAUAUUUGGGAACAAUAAUAGUAGAAUACUUUCUCCCUGGAAAACUCCUACUUAAAAUGGAUCCACCCCCGAUUUUAACCGUUUCGGGUGGUUGAAACUAUUGAUGGAAACAUUGAAAAUGGUGAAAAUGGGUAAGUUUUAUUCCGAACUAAUUUAA